AUUUUUCUGACGAUGGAAAGGCUGGUUGUCUAUCUACUGGUUAUUAGCACAGCCGUGAAGGCCAUGAUGUGUCCCAAAAGAUGCAUGUGUCAAAACCUGUCUCCGUCCUUCACAAUCCUCUGUACAAAGACGGGGCUUCUCUUUGUGCCCCCCAGCAUUGACAGGAGAACAGCAGAAUUGAGGUUAAUGGAUAACUUUAUCACUACGCUUAGGAGGAAAGAUUUUGCAAACAUGACUAAUCUGAUUCACUUGACGCUAUCAAGGAACACGAUAAGUCAAAUCAUGCCUUACGCAUUUUUUGAUCUCAAAGGCCUCCAUGCCUUACACUUGGAUAGUAACAGACUGACUUACAUCAAUGAAGAUCAUUUCAAGGGUUUAAUUAACCUUCGACAUUUAAUACUCAGUAACAAUCAGUUAAACUAUAUCUCCCCUGGGUCACUGGAUGACUUUAUUGAAACAAUUGAAGACCUGGAUCUGUCCUACAACAAUCUUGUUAACGUUCCUUGGGAAACAAUUGCCAAACUUUCCAAUGUCAAUACGGUCAGUCUGGAUCAUAAUCUCAUUGAGUUUGUGCCGGAGGGAAUCUUCUCGAACCUUCACAAACUUGCCCGUCUAGACAUGACCUCCAACAAGCUGAAAAAGAUCCCUCCCGAUCCUUUGUUUUCCAGAAUACCGGUGUACGCCAAGUCUAAAGGAUCCCCGCUGUCGUCCCUGGUGCUGAGCUUCGGAGGGAACCCUCUGCACUGCAACUGCGAACUCGUGUGGCUGAGGCGCCUCACCAGAGAAGAUGAUCUAGAAACCUGCGCCUCUCCACCCGAACUGAUGGGCAAAUACUUUUGGUCUAUUAAAGAGGAAGAAUUUGUCUGUGAACCCCCGAUGAUAACGCACCGAACCCCAAAAUUAACGGCAACAGAAGGCCAAAGCAUCUCUUUGAAGUGUAAAGCUGUUGGCGAUCCAGAUCCCUACGUUCGCUGGAUCUCACCCGACGGGAAGCUGGUCUCUAACACGUCUAGGACGAUUUCUUAUGAGAAUGGUACUCUGGAUAUUUUGGUCACUUCUUUGACUGACAAGGGCACGUUUACCUGCAUAGCAUCGAAUGCUGCGGGAGAGUCGACGGCUCCAGUCGAGCUCCUCGUCACGCCGUACCCUAACCUUGCCAACAGCACCAACUGCGAUAAGGACGCGGAGCCCGGCCCCUCAGAUAUUCUCAUUUCUGCCAAGUCAAGCUUUCCAAACGAAACGAAGGCUCAGCAAGAGAAGGCGGUCGUGGUUGCUGAGCUGACGUCAUCCUCUGCUCUUAUCCGGUGGCCUUCUCAGCACCACCUCCCUGGGAUUCGAAUGUACCAGAUCCAGUAUAACAGUUCCACCGACGACAUACUGGUGUACAGGUAA